AUGAAGGAGGUCGCUCCGUUCUCACAGGCUGUGGUCGCUGCAACGCCCUCCCGAAGCUACGAGGAGCCAGCCCAGCUCGGUGUUCUCUGCCUGCCGGACAGCUUGAACCUUCACAAAGACCAGCAAAGGUCAAACAAGCCUGGGGAAGUGCAGAUGUUCAGCCAGUCAGAGCUGAGGACCAUCGAGCAGUCUUUACUUGCUACGCGCGUGGGGAGCAUUGCUGAACUCAGCGACCUGGUGUCUCGAGCCAUGCACCACCUCCAGCCCCUCAACGCCAAGCAGCACGGGAACGGGACGCCAAUGCACCAGAAGCAGGGAUCGCUCUACUGGGAGCCAGAGGCUCUGUACACCCUGUGCUACUUCAUGCACUGUCCGCAGAUGGAGUGGGAAAACCCCAACGUGGAGCCGUCAAAAGUCACGCUGCAGACUGAGAGGCCGUUCAUUGUGCUGCCUCCCCUGAUGGAGUGGAUACGGGUUGCCGUGGCUCACGCGGGACACCGUCGCAGUUUCUCCGUGGACAGCGAUGACGGACGGCAGGCAGGGAGGGCCUUCCUGGAGCCUGAUUCACCCCCUGAUGUCCCAAAAUUAAAAUCUUGCUCUACUGCACUGGCAGAGGUCUACAAACGAGUGUCCGCGUACUUUGGGUUUUAUUUUAAGGUCUGUGCCUACUGCCAGCUUAGUGCAUCAGGUUCUUUGCGUAGCUGCGAUUCAGGGCCCGUCUGCCUAAUCGACGACUGUUUUUGUGCAUCUCGGAAACUGGAUGCAGUUGCCACUGAAGCGAAGUUCAAGCAGGACCUGGGUUUCCGGAUGCUCAACUGUGGCCGAACGGACCUGGUUAAACAAGCCAUAUCCUUGCUGGGGCCAGAUGGGAUUAACAGCAUGAGUGAACAGGGCAUGACUCCACUGAUGUAUGCUUGUGUCAGGGGUGAUGAGGCUAUGGUGCAGAUGCUGCUAGAUGCUGGAGCAGAUCUGAAUGCUGAGGUUGUCAGUACUGCUCAUAAAUACCCAUCCGUCCACCCUGAGACCCGCCAUUGGACAGCUCUGACAUUUGCUGUGUUGCAUGGACAUAUUCCUGUAGUUCAGCUGUUGCUGGAUGCUGGAGCAAAGGUAGAAGGUUCCUUGGAGCAUGGAGAGGAAAAUUACUCUGAAACUCCUUUACAGUUGGCAGCAGCUGCUGGAAAUUUUGAACUGGUCAGUUUGCUGUUGGAGCGAGGAGCUGACCCCAUGAUAGGUACAAUGUACAGGAACGGCAUUUCCAUGACUCCACAAGGUGACAUGAACUCUUUCAGUCAGGCUGCUGCACAUGGACACAGGAACGUCUUUCGUAAGCUGCUUGCUCAGCCAGAGAAGGAGAAGAGUGAUAUUCUGUCGCUGGAGGAGAUCCUGGCGGAGGGGACGGACUUGCCCGACUUUUUUCCCCCCCCCAGCCGCAACAGCAAGGCCAAGCUGAAAGCCCUGAAGGAGGCCAUGUACCACAGCGCCGAGCACGGCUACGUGGAUGUGACCAUUGACAUACGGAGCAUAGGUGUUCCCUGGACGCUGCACACAUGGCUGGAGUCCUUGCGCACAUCCUUCCAGCAGCACCGACGACCCCUCAUCCAGUGCUUGCUAAAGGAAUUCAAGUCCAUUCAGGAAGAAGAGUACACAGAGGAGCUCAUCACACAAGGCUUGCCUCUGAUGUUUGAGAUACUGAAAGCCAGCAAGAACGAAGUGAUCAGCCAGCAGCUCUCUGUCAUUUUCACUCAUUGCUAUGGACCCUACCCUAUUCCAAAGCUCGUUGAAAUUAAGCGCAAGCAGACCUCUCGCUUAGAUCCUCAUUUUCUUAACAACAAAGAGAUGUCAGAUGUUACAUUUCUGGUGGAAGGAAGACCAUUUUAUGCACAUAGAGUGUUGCUAUUUACUGCAUCACCAAGGUAA